UAAAUCGCUCAGUGAUGAAGAAAACCUGAAGCUCUUUGGGAAAUGCAACAAUCCAAAUGGCCAUGGACACAACUACAAAGUUAUAGUCACCGUGCGUGGGGAGAUUGACCCAGUCUCAGGGAUGGUUAUAAACCUGACGGACCUGAAAGAAUAUAUGCAGGAGGCAAUCAUGGAACCGCUUGACCACAAAAACCUGGAUAAGGAUGUGCCGUACUUUGCUGAGGUUGUGAGUACCACAGAGAAUGUUGCAGUAUUCAUCUGGGAAAACCUGAAGAAGCUCCUGCCCCUGGGAACUCUUUAUAAAGUCAAAGUAUAUGAAACAGACCAGAACAUUGUCGUUUAUAAAGGAGAAGAAUCAAUCUCUGAGAAGUGA